CUUUAGUUUUUCGUAUUUACAAUACAAAAUGAAAAAGGCGAACGAACGGUGAAUCUUUUGCGCUAUUUUGUAUCCCAAUGUGAAGAUCUAAUUCUACAGAAUGGAAAGUGAUAUAGAGAACGACCCUCGAGCUCACUCCACCCCAAAGAGGGAGGAAGCCGCAUCCGAGAGGAACAUCGAUGAUGAUUCUUUGGGGAGUCCAGAGUUAGUUGUUGGCAGGAGCAGUGGCUUGGAGCGGACUGGGGCAUCAACAAGGUCGUUGUUGUCCGUUUUGUCUCAUAGCAGCGUGGAGAACAUCUCUGAUGGCAGUUAUUCUUCCAGCUCCUCGAGUUCAACGUCAUCUUCGUCAAAGUUAUCAUCUCGGAAAAGGAGAUCAGAAUCGCCACCAUCUUCAUCGAUCACGCAUUCCAAGUCCUCAAUCCAGUCUAACCAAUCAGGAUCCAGGACAAGAUCUGCCUCAACAUCCAAACAAUCAACACCAAGACAAGAAGGGGUGUCAUCAGCAGCGUCUAGCCAAUCAAGACAGAGAUCCAAGUCUGCCGCAUCAUCAAGUACCAGGUCAACCUCAAGGACAACCCCAGUUCGCAUCUCUUCAUCCUCCUCAUCAAAAACACUCACGCAAUCAUCCCCCCAUGAGCCAGAGCUCUCCCCGUGGGAGAAAUGGUUAGUUCAGAAGACUGAAGAGGAAAGAAAGCGGGUGAGACUAUUAGUCAGAAAAGAGAGGAGUGAACAGCGGAAGAAAGAUGAGGAGGAGAGGGCCCAGAAGGAAAAGGAAGCGGUCAUCAAAGUGAGAGUCAAUGAAUGGGUGGAGGAGAAAACGAACUGGGUGGUGGAGAUGAGGAAGAAGGAAGCGAGGAAAGAACAGAAGAAGAAAGAUAAGAAAGAAAAAGAGAAGCAGGAAAUAAUGGAUAGAGCUAAGGCGAGCAGAGAGCAAUGGCUGGCAGACAAGAAAGAGAAAGCACUACAGCAGAAGACAAAAGAAGAUGAAGAGAAGUCAAGACUAGCUGAGGAGGAGCGAGAACGCAAAGCUAAGGCAGAUGAGGCUUACAACAGAUGGUACAAAGAUGCCGUCAAGAAACCUAAACCAGUGCCAAGUAGUUUUGGAGUCAGUCAAGGAAUGCUCAAAGGUUACUACAAUACAGCCACGUACCCAAUCCCUAACUACUACAACCCAGUUCCAUGGAUGCCGAUCCACAUCCCUAAACCCACAGAGGGCCAAGACAACCGAGGAGGAAAAAAGAAGAGUGGUCCAAGAAGCAAGACGACUAAGAAGUCUCAAGGAGUUGUGCUCCAGCCUGCCUCGCCUCCUCUUCUAUUUAAGGAGCGAGAGACGAGGGAGAAAUGUAACAAAUGGGGGAGACCAAGGUGAUAUUGAAGACUUUGAUUUGGGGGUUGAACAAAGAAAAAUUUACAAUAGCGGCAUUUGAACCAAGGACCUCCUGAUUAACGCGCCGGCACUCUACCGACUGUUGAAACAAUUAUUUUGUAUUUUUUCAAAAAGUGUUUGAGAUAGUUCUAGUUUUUAUAGGAUGCAAGACGUUUUAAUUUAGUUCAGUUAAGUCCGUCGCCAGAUUGAGUGCGUGGCGGUAAGGUGGGUUAAUUUGGGGUUAGGUCAACAUUUAGAUUGUAAAUACUACAGAAAUAUGCAAAACUGGCAGCUGGGCAAAAAUUGUAUGCACGUAAAGUCAUCUUUUAAUAUAAAUAUAAAUAUGUACAACUUUUGUAAAAUUGUAACAACCUAAAUGCAAAUAAAAUAUUAACUCUCUUUAAAGUCAUUGAGUAAAAUUUGUUUGACUUAUAACUGUAGCACUACCUUGAACAGUGCCCUGUGUGUCUCCUUUCAAAGAGGGUAAAUUGUAGCAGAUGGUCAAAUCAUAUGAACAAUAAAAAGAAGCUGCCUUAGUCUGAUAUAUAAAACAAGCAAGGUUGUUGGUUGUACUAGCACUUGAAGACUAACUAAUUACAUUCAAAACUGCAUGAGCUUUCGUAGCAACAACUACUUUAUCACCCAUUACGUUCUUGUGCAUAAAUCACAUGUAACUAGCAAGUCCCCUUCUUUGCAUCUGAUUAAGUAGUUGUUGCUACAAAAGCUAAUGCAGUUUUUCAUGUAACUAGUUAGUCUUUAAGUGCUACCACGACCUUCCUUGUUUUAUCAUUAGAAGGUAUUAUAUAACACCCAAUCAGAUCCUUGCCAUUUGAUUGGAGGAUUGUCCGUCACGUGAUAGCAAA